CUCACAAAUUGUAUUACAAUGCCACAUUAUAAUUGAAUGAGUUCUUGAAUAAGAAAGUGAUAGCACUAUGCUUUUAAAGAGAACCUUCAAGAUAGAUUGGUAUAAGAUAUUGAUGGAUAAAUCUGAAGGAAGGCAUAGUUUUUCCAGGCAUUCAGACACAGUAAAGAAAAAUUUAAAAGAUGCUGUAUUUUCAGCUAUAACUAUGCUUAAUUAGAGGUUUGUUAUUUAUUUAUUUAAUAUAAGUAGUGGUUAAGAUAGAAAAAUGUAAAUUUAUUAUAAUUACUGCUUUUAUCAUAAGGAUAGUAUUUAAAGGCUGGAGAUGGAUGGAUAAGAAUAUGGUUGAGAUGUGCAAAAUAACACAGAUAUGAAUACUUUAAUAUUGAUAAGAAUUUGAUAAUUGCCAAUGGGAAUUCAAUCUUAAGUGAAGCAUUUUGUAGUCUAGAUGAAGGAGAUCAAUUAAAUAAG